GCGCAUGACUUGUAAACAGGAAAUGACUAAAUGAAAAAACCAGAACCGGUAAGAAUUAUUUCCGAUGAAAGUUUUUCUUGGGUCGAGAACCAGACAAUUCAACAUGGCGCGUCACACAUCCUGGGAAGAGGCCAGAAAUCACCUCAGGAGAAUGAGAGAGGACCAAAUUCGGGAUGGGCAAACAGUUGUGUCCCUUUGGGAGGAUGUUCUCAUGUCCGAAAGAAACAAACUGGGAGAAGAAUUAUGGACAGUGUAUGAACAAGUCUGUGUUGCUGCUCUUGAUUGUUGUAGAAUUGAUAUCUCAGAGACUUGUAUAGAACUUCUUAAAGCCAAGUUUCCACGCUCUGUAAGAGUAAAAAGAUUAUUGGGAAUGACGUAUGAGGCUCAGGAAAGGUACAAUAAAGCCACAGAGUUAUAUGAUGAGCUCAUCAAAGACGAUGAAACUAACAUGUUUGCUAGGAAAAGGAAAGUGGCCAUAUUAAAAGCUCAGAACAAAACUGUUGAAGCAAUCGAAGAAUUAAACAGAUACCUUAAGUUAUUCAUGACGGACUUUGAGGCGUGGAUGGAGCUGUGUGAUCUUUAUCUGGCUGUACAAGAUUACACUAAGGCAGCUUUCUGUAUUGAGGAACUUAUCAUGUCAAACCCACACAAUCACCUUUAUCAUCAAAAACUUGCAGAGAUUAAAUACACGAUGGGUGACCCAGACAAUAUGGCCAUUGCCAGGACCUACUUUGCACAGGCCAUUAAACUGAAUCCUAAUAGCGUGCGAUCACUGUAUGGCUGCUUCCUGGCAUCAUGUAACUUAGCUGCUAGUUCAAAUAGGAAGGACAAACAGAGUAAUAUCAAAUACGCCGCAUGGGCUGCCCAACAACUGAAAGAAAAAUACACAGUGAGUCCUUGUUUUCAUGUCAGUUUAAUGAUGAUUCAUGUCAGUUUGACGAUGAUUCAUGUCAGUUUAACGAUGAUUCAUGUCAGUUUAACGAUAAAUCAUGUCAGUUUAAUGAUGAAUCAUGUCAGUUUAACGAUGAUUCAUGUCAGUUUAAUGAUAGUUUAUGUCAGUUUAAUGAUAGUUCAUGUCAGUUUAAUGAUAAUCCAUGUCAGUUUGAUUAUGAUUCAUGUCAGUUUAACAGUGAUUUUUUAAGGCCCAUUUUUGGUCCGAAUUUCGGCCCUUUCCCCUCCUAAAAAUUGCCAUUUUCCCCCAAUUUAGCUUGCAUUUUCCCCAAUAAUAAAUUUAUGAAAGGAAAACAUUUAAAAAAAAAAAAAAAAUAAACAUUCCAUGUGAAUUAUAUACUUGAGACUUAACAAAGAGUUAUGGGAAUGAUUUGGAUAGAAUAGCUGAAAAUUUUAACAGGUUGAAGAAAAUUAGAUGUGUAAAAUAAAGAUGAUAUAAUGUUUGAUAUAAAUGUUGAACUUAUUUAAAAUAUAAUUGAUUUUUCCGAAUUUGACUGAAAUGUCGACAAUUUUUUCCGAUUUGAAAGCCACAGGACCCUCGUAAAAAUGUAGAAAAAUCACUGGUUUAAUGAUAAAUCAUGUCAGUUUAAUGAUAAAUCAUGUCAGUUUAACGAUGAUUCAUGGCAGUUUAAUGAUGAUUCAUGUCAGUUUAAUGAUAGUUCAUGUCAGUUUAAUGAUAAAUCAUGUCAGUUUAAUGAUAAAUCAUGUCAGUUUAACGAUGAUUCAUGUCAGUUUAAUGAUAGUUCAUGUCAGUUUAAUGAUAGUUCAUGGCAGUUUAAUGAUAAAUCAUGUCAAUUUAAUGAUAGUUCAUGUCAAUUUAAUGAUAGUUCAUAUCAGUUUGAUGAUAAUUUAAUUCAUGUCAGGUUUCCUUUACAUGAACAAUACAUAUCACACUAGAUGUUUACAUAUCACACUAGAUGUUCGUCUGAUGUUUACAUAUCACACUAGAUGUUCAUCUGAUGUUUACAUAUCACGCUAGAUGUUUACAUAUCACACUAGAUGUUUACAUAUCACACUAGAUGUUUACUUAUCACACUAGAUGUUUACAUAUCACACUAGAUGUCUACAUAUCAUGCUAGAUGUUUACAUAUCACACUAGAUGUUUACAUAUCACACUAGAUGUUUACAUAUCACACUAGAUGUUUACAUAUCACACUAGAUGUUCAUCUGAUGUUUACUUGUGACACUAGGUGUUCAUCUGAUGUUUACAUAUCACACUAGAUGUUCAUCUUAUGUUUAAGCAUCACACUAGAUGUUUACAUAUCACACUAGAUGUUCAUCUGAUGUUUACAUAUCACACUAGGUGUUCAUCUGAUGUUUACAUAUCACACUAGAUGUUUACAUAUCACACUAGAUGUUCAUCUGAUGUUUACAUAUCACACUAGAUGUUUACAUAUCACACUAGAUGUUUACUUCUCACACUAGGUGUUCAUCUGAUGUUUACAUAUCACACUAGGUGUUCAUCUUAUGUUUGGUUCCAAGUUUGUUUUGUUUUAGUCACAUAAUUUACCUAUGUAUUUUUUGAUUCAGACAGUGCAGCCAGAGGAUCUGACCAAUCAGACUAGGGUUUUGGAGUCCAUAGAACGAGUGCUUGAGUCUCUCACAGAGAAAACAGCAAAUUGAACACACCCGUUAUCAUUCUUAACAAUGUGGAUCUGUGUGUAGUCAUCAGACAUCUAUACCAACAACCACAGAUUUUAUUACCUCAUUCAUUAUCCUCUUAAAACAGAAGACAAUAACAGCCGACAUUGUACAUGUACUGGAAGCCGUGAGCAUUUUCCCGGAUUAAAGAAUGUACUUUGCAAUUUACGGCAUGCACAUAGAGCAUGGAUAAAAUUAAUGUUCAAACUAUGAUGCAGUAAGCAGGACUUCUGAAAUGUUGUUUUAUUAGGAGAGUAGUUUUAUGUACUGUACAUUGUAUAUGAUUGACCAUUGUUUCUGCAUUAUUUCUAUAGAAACCUUUUCCUGGAUGCACCAAGUUGUUACUUUGUCACAGUUUCGAUUCAUGAUGUACUUAUUUUGUUGGUCAGUAGAAUGGAAAACUAGUUCCUUUUUUCACCAUCAGACAUCAAUUGUAUCAAGAGAAGUGUAGGUACACAUUGAUUUCAUCAAUUACUGAUUUCACUAAUUAUAGAUUUCAGAGUAUGAGUGUCCUGAAAUAAAGGAUGGUUUUACAUUUA